AUGCCAUCCAAUAGUCAAAAUAGUGGCAGGCCUAAUUACGGUGCUCAAUUUCCGUCUCUUGGUCCAUCAUCCACAUCGCAAACGUCUAAUAAUCAAAAUGUUGGACCUCAACGUAAUACUCAAUCAUCAAACGGAAAACGAGACUAUGUUGCUCCUCAAUAUCCAACAGUUAAGCCAAACCAACCAAGUAGUCAACCUACUGGAUCAGGGGGAAAGGUAAAAGAUCUUAUCAACUUCUAUGAUAGCCAAGCCAAUAAAAACCCAAGCCAAGGGGGGACAUUUAGUUAUAGUUCAAUUUUACAAGGUAAUAACAAAAAUGGACCAAAUCCAACAGCGACAGUACCGUCAACACCUAUGACUUCAUCGGUCCAUACGCCAAAACCAUUUAGCUCGGUUGUGGCUGGUAACAAACCUAGCACGCUUUCUACAUUUACGACUCCUACACCUACAACGCGAAUUCCCAGUACCCCCAUGGCUCGACCAGGAACCCCUGUACUACCAAGUACUAUAGUUAACAACAAUAGAGGAACCACAAACACGAACUCCAACGGUGUUACUGAUGCUGAAUUAGAAGUAUUAAGCGAGGAGUUAUUAAGAAAGGAUACUAAUAAUGCUGCUAGAUACAUAACGGUCAACUAUCAGGAAAAGACUACAUCGCAAUCAACGGAGGAUAAGGCACCUCUUCCAUUGAUCACCGUCGGCCCUGAGGUAUGGAACAUUCCAACGAUUCAGAAAUUCGUUCCAUUAUUGGAUAAUUACGAGAGAGACACAUUGGUUAAUGAACAUGUAACAGCUCAGGAGCGAACCGAGGAGAAUGCUUUCAUGGAUGCUGUAAUGUCUACGUCUGUGAUAAGGCAUUUAAUGACAUUCUUGAAGAAUAAAGGCUAUGUGACACCAGACCCAAGGCAACAAAGAGACUUUCUCAAGCAGAUAUGGUUCAGUUUGUACUCCCGAGGAAGAGGAAAAAUUAGCAGUUCUGGAUUCGAACAUGUGUUUGUAUCUGAACUAAAGAACGGAGGCGUUUCUGGUUUACAUAACUGGAUUUAUUUCUCCAGAGAAGAACUAGCAAACAGAGUUAAUUAUCUGGGAUAUUUGAAAUACGAAUUGCUCAACGAUAAAGGAGCUGUCAUGAAGAUCCAUUUCAAUCAACAAGGUGUGGACAAACCUGUGAACAGCCUGUUUGUUGGAACUUCACCGGAGUUAGAAAUGGCACUAUAUACACUCUGCUUUGUGACACGCGUGGACAACGACUGUAAACUAAAACUCGCAAACAAAGAUGUUAACAUUAUAACAUACAAUUUCCGUUAUCGCAGCAAAAAUUUGAUUGGAAGCGCAUAUCCUCAAAUAUAA